ACUGCAUUCCUAAAUUGAAGUGUCCUCUUGAUGUUUAACCUUUCUAUUCCUUGCACUCCAUACAAGAUAGCAAACAAUUGCAUAGGCAAUUACCAUGAUCUUCCUUUUUUCCCCCAACAUUCCUCUUGCCAUUCAUUAUCAUUUGCUGCUUUUUACUUAUACUCAAUCCACCUGCAGAUCUCACUUUGAAUCUCUUUGACAUGAAUUUCACCGGGUUCGUCAAUCUAGAUGCAUCUGAUGAUGAAGUCCUCCAUGCCGACCAGUCUCGCUUCUCAAAACCUCAUUCCCCUCCCCAAAUGUCUGAAAUGGAAGGGGCUACCACUGGCCGGUGCACCCCUCUCCAUGAGCUCAUCCGGGACAAGAAGGUGAAAUCCCUCUCGGCCACCCAUCUCUCCAGGGAUGACCGGGUUGAUUCCCCUCAAGUCCAGGCUAAAGCAAAAUCAAAAGAGACCGGUGCUUCUUCUUCCCACGUUAAAGCUCAAAAAAGGAAGGGCCCCCAAAAGAGUUCCAGUAUGAGCAAGAAGAAAAAGACCGGGUCAUUAAAUCUGGAGGGGGAGUCUAUCGAAGAAGCCUUCCUAGCCUUGGCAAAAAGACUUCACAAGGCCGGGGCUAUAUCAGAAAAUGUUGGCCGGUCACUCCUGGAGGCGAGGGACCAGGUCUCCCAACUCACCCUCCUCCUUGAUUCCGCCAAGUUGGAGAUUAACGACCAGGCGAAAAGGGAGAAGAGGCUCGAGGAAGAGUUGAGGGCCGAGAAGGCCAAACGAGAGGAGGAGAGUGCCAGGUCUGCCCAAGUGAAGGAGGAUGGGAGGAGAAAAGUGGCCGAGCUCGAUGAGGCGCUGGCCCAAGUCGAAGAAUCUGCCCGAGCAAAAGAGGAGGCAUUUCCUGCUAAGGCUGCUCAAUGGGCGGCCGGGCAUCACGCCGAGACUGCCCGGUCUAUUUUAGCUGGGCUAGAGGAGACGAUGGCUUCUUCCAGGCGGCCGGGCAUCACGCUGUGGAUGCAGCGCUCCAAACGGGCAAAAAUCGCGACCCGAAGCAGACCAGCAACCCGACUCAAAGCUCCGCGUCAAUCACCGGCGUCCUCUCCGGUGAGCACCAGCAACAGCGACAUCGGCAGUCCAACUCCAAUCCAGCAGCGACAGUAUUCCAGCGACGUCCUUCCAAGUCUGGCGAGCAGCUCCGGCGUUCUUCCAUCGCGCCGGCGACGUCCACAUAGCGACCUCCAGGCCGGCGACGAAUGAUGACGACCCACCUCCAGCUCCUUGCCGGUGAAGAAACAGAAGGCCCACACACAAACCAGAAGCAAAUCCAGAUCCAUUUUGGGCCAUUUAAAUGACAUAUCUACCCCUGGUAUAUUUUAUUUUAAUCUUUAGUUUUGAACCCUUAUUUGUCAUUUUACUCCCACUCCCUUCUACUCUAUAUAAACUCCCCUGUAUCCAAAUUGUAUGAGAGCUUCCCAUUUUCUCCUUUUUCCUCGUUAGAUUAGGGUUACUUGAAUGUUAAUUUUCUUCUUCCUUAGCGUUAGCUUUUAUUUACUCCAUCUUCUUCAUGCUUUGUUUAUGUGUUUCUCUCUUAUCUUUUAUGCAUCUCUUUAGUUUAAGCAUGCUAGGCUAGAUUUUCUAGCCUAGGUUAGGGAUGGAUUGUUGAUUUGUGCUUGUUGUUAAUGGAUUAGUGUGAAAUAUGAGAUAUUGUUCUAGGUUGUUUGCAGGGAUUAUGCUAUAUCUAUGCUUGGAUGUUAUUGUUGGCCACAAGGCCCACAAUGACAUUCUUGUAUUUC